AUGAAGUUGAACUAUUUUUUUACUUUUUUAAUAUAUUUUUUGAAGCAUUGUAGAUAUUUGACUUGUACACUGGAUACAACUAGAUCUGCCCAAAGUGAAAACAAUAAAGUUCUAAGAUUACUAAAAAAAGAGUGGCCAGCAUUAUCAGAUUGGCUUUGUGAAUAUUUGUAUUGUUCUAGUCUUAGAAUAACAGGAUUAGCUAGAGAAAGUUCUAUUUGGGGAACAGGUCAACUUGAUGCUUCAGAUGAUGACCACAAAGAUCUACAUGCUGCCUCUAGAGAAUCAGAACCUGUGGAACCUUAUACAAAUAGUGACCAUAUUAUGAAGUCAGUAUCAGAAUUAAUAAGCCACAGUAUUAGAUUAGGUAUCCAUUAUCAUCAAGCCUUAAAAAAAAAUCAUGAAACAAGUACCACCACAGCCUUUCCUAUAUCAAAAAAGACUGGAGUUUCGAAAUUUUUUCUGAAAAAAAUAUCAAACAGUACAAGUAAAGUAAAAAAUAAUAAGAAUAAAGUUAAUAGCUUCAAUAAUAAAAAAUCUUCAGAUCUAACAUCUAAAGUUUUACUAAAAUCAAACUUGAGUGAAUCACAAGAAAAAAAUUGGUUGUAUAGAUUUGUCGAGUGGUUAAAAUCUAAACAUAGCUCAAAAUUUAAAGCCAAUAAACAAACAGAAUCAAAGAACACUGAAUCAUAUCUAGCAUUUAUAUCUUCAGCUUCAGUAGGUCCAAAAUUAAAAAGCUCUAGAUCAUCUAAAACUACCUCUAACUCUAGCCUUGUCUCAUUUUCUAUAUUACAAUUACCAGAUAAAAGACGUAAUUUAAAUCAGUUUAAUAGUCAAACCAAUAGGAAAUUACCAAUUGAUAUAAAUAAUGCAGUAUUUGCUGCAUACUUUGCUAGCGAUUCAAUAUUUUUACAUUUGUCUAAGACAUUAAGUAGGGACAGAAGAGUAAAAUUUGGACAAGAAAUUGGAACUGUUGAAUUAUAUAUACCUAGUAAGAAAAUCCACACUACUGAUAUAAUCUUAUCAAGAUGUGAUGGGACAAUUUCAAUUUUAAACCAUAUGAAAGGUAUACCAAUACGUGCAACAAGACUAUUCCUAGUAAUCACUUGCGACGACAUAGAUAUAUAA